AUGGGAGAGUCCAACCCGCUUUUCGGCGACGAUUCCGCGUCCGCCGCGCCCGCCCCCUCGGGUGUACGUACAUCUCAUCUGUCGUCACAGUCGAGUGAACCUCAAGACGGGGAGCGCGGUUCAUCGUCUUCUGCCUGCGAAAAAGAACCUGCCAAGCACCUCUGUUGCGGAGAAACUUCCAACAGAGCAGUCGCUCCUCCCCCCCCACCCGCUCCUUCCACCGGCGUGUCUCCUUCCACUGGGGUGUCUCCGCCUGGGUCUCAUUCGCCUUCUGCAUCUCCUCCUGCGUCUCCUCCUCCAUCUGCAGGUCGAGCGAAGAAGAAGCCGCAGUUUAAGAGGGUCAGGAACGCGCGUGUUCGCUUUCUCAAAGAACGCCGGAAGGAGCGCCUGGAAAAACACUCUGAAAUUCUCAUGCUUCAAGGCCAGCUGAAGGCGCAGCGGAGCGGCGAGGCCGGGCGGGAAACUCAAGCGAAGGACUCGGCGAGAACCGGAGAUCGCUCGGGGGCGCCGAAAGUGCCGAAAAAGAAAUACGCCCUGCUCUUUGGGUACAAUGGCGAAGGCUUUCACGGGCUCCAGAAGCAAAUGCAGCCUCUCGACGCACUCCUCGCUAAGCACCAGCAGCUGGCGGCAUCCACGUGCGUCUCGUCCUCUCCUCUCGACGACGAAGACGCAGAGAACCAAACAGAAGCCGAACAGGAAGCGGCCUCUCCGCACACAGAGAAUGCCCAACGGAUCCUUCCUUCUGCGGCUUCGAAUGCCCCUGCUUCUCCUCCUUCCCCUCCUCCUUCCCCUCCUCCUUCUUCUCUUCCUUCGUCCAGCCUUCCGUCUUCUUCUCUUCCUUCUUCUUUUCUUCCUUCGCCUGGCCUUCCUUCUUCUGCUCUGGAGACGAUGGAUGCGGUUCCGCUUCGCACGGUCGAAGGCGUGCUGGAGGAGUCGCUGCUGGCGGCGGGAGGCAUCGCCCCCAGUCACCUCGGCUGCCUGCAGAAGCUGCAAUGGUCGCGCGCAGCUCGUACAGACCGCGGCGUCCACGCCGCAUGCAACGUCAUCUCUCUGAAACUCAGUCUGGGCCUGGUAUCUUUUCGCCGCGACAAACUCGCAGGCGGCGACGGCGAGACUCCAGAGGACGAGGACGAAGAAGAGGGAGAGAGGAACGAUGAACACGGAGAGGAAGAACAAGGAGAUGAAGAACGAGGAGAGGAACCAGGUGGAGCACAACGGGAAACGGAAGGGGAUCUGCCUGUCUCUGUGGCAUCUCGUCAGUGUCCUCUCGCAGAUUCGCCAGAGUGCGCGGACGAAGAGACGGGCGAAAAGAGAGAACUCCUCGCGUGGCAAAGGGAGAGAGAGGCGGCGUUCCUCGCGCGAUUGAACGCAGUCCUCCCCCCAGAUAUCCGCUGCUUCGCCGUCCGCAGAGUCACGAAAAAUUUCGACGCCAGGAUCUCUUGUUCGCGGCGUCGCUAUGCCUUUCUCCUCCCCGCCUGGCUGCUUCAACCUGUCGCAGUUCGCCGAGACCUCCGCAAGCUCUUCAACGCGUACCAAGUCCGGGGGUCUAUCUCUGCGGCGUGUGCCUUGUCUUCGUGUGGUUCCUCGUCUGACAGAUGUGGUCCGUGUGAGAGAAAGCGCGGACGCGAGCGAGAGACAGGAAGAGAACGCGUGGACGCAAGAAAGGCCGCGAAGAGCCGAGAGGACGACGCAACCGAAUCUGGGCGCCGUGGGAAUGUGGAAGCGAAUCCGCUGAUUCCGGCGGCUCUCCCAUCAGUCCGGCCUCUCUCCGCCGAAGCGAAACGCCAGCUGAAAGCCGCUCUGGCGACGCCCAUGGGAGAAGGGAAGUCGGAUGUUGCGCAGGGAGGCGAGAACGGUGCAAUGCCGCUUCCCGCACGAGACGGAAACUCUGAAGCCCCAGAUAGCGAUGACGCAGCGAGGAACGGGAACCAGGACCAGGACGAGGGGACGAGGUUUUCUCAAGAGGGCGAGGACACAGCUUGCCGCGGUGCGCUGCCGGCUGCAUCUCCACCCUCGUCAGGGGAAGCGAAGAAGCUGCUGACCGUCUCGAGCGAGAUGUUGCGCGCGGCAGAAGCCGUGAAGGCCGAGGGAAGAUUCCUCUUGGGCGAACGACUGUUGGGCGGGCCCCCGCCUGUCAUCUCCAGUCUCGCGCUCCAGGAUGGGGUGUACGUACACCGGAGCGCGUUCGAAAAUGACGACCGCAGUGUAGCGACACCUCUUUCGACAGCGGAACUCGUGGAGAAACUGCGGGCAGUCUUCAAGGUCUUCGAGGGGACGCACGCCUUCCAGAAUUUCACCAAGGGCGGGAAGAACAAGGACACCUCGCCGGCUGCCUUCAAACGGCACAUCCACAAAACCUCGGUGUCGACGACGCAGAUGGACGGAGUUUCUGAAGAUAUCAUUGUGAUUGAGUUGGAGGGCCAGUCUUUCCUCUUUAAUCAGAUACGGAAGAUGGUUGCCGGUUUAUGA